AUGCGAACGCUCGUCUCAAUUCUUGAAAAUGCUGUUUACUUCUCCGAAAUAGAGCGGCUAGAAAUCGAGAAAAUCGCCGCAUCCAGAUCUUUCAUCUGGAUAUGGUGUGGCAGUGGAGAGGGUCUCGAAGGCGCACGUAAGUGUUUCCGGAAGUGGGGAUUUCGGCGAUGUGAAGACAUCUGCUGGAUCAAGUCUAAUAAAAACAAUCCGGGACACGAACAGAUGGAACCGGGCGCCGUGUUUCAACGCACCAAGGAGCACUGUCUCAUGGGCAUCCAUGGCACUGUGCGCCGUUCCACAGAUGGCGACUUUAUUCACGCCAACCUAGACAUCGAUCUCAUUAUCAGCGAAGCCAAACCACCGGGUAGCUACGCCGCCAGGGACAAACCCACCGAAAUCUUCCACAUCAUCGAGCAUUUUUGUCAGGGUCGGCGUCGUCUGCACCUCUUUGGACGAGACAGCACCUUACGCGCUGCAAGUUUUUGUUCGUUUGUGUAUGCAGUUGAUGUGUCUCCCUUUUUGUCUUUGCAUGGCAAAAAAAGCGUUGCCGAUCCAGGUAUUUUCUGA